UUCAUAGUCGUUAUUCAGCGUUUUCGCCCCAAAACCAUCCUCUUUGAGCCAAAAACACAUAACGCAAACAAAUGGCGCAACCAGGCGAAAUUCCCUUUAAACCCACGGAUCCCGUUGUGCUAUCCGAUCCGGGAUCCGGAAUCGGACAAUCGGCCACCGGGAAGCGCCGCCGAGAGGACGAAUUUCCAGCUGAAACGAGAGCUGGAGAAGAGGCCGAUGAAUCGGCGCCGAAGCGGCGGGCUCAAGCUCAGGACGUCCUCUUCAGGAUCGUUGUUCCAUCGAGGCAGAUAGGCAAGGUCAUCGGUAAAGAAGGUUGCCGAAUCCAGAAGAUUCGCGAGGAGACCAAAGCUACCAUCAAAAUCGCCGAUGCUGUUGCCCGACACGAAGAGCGUGUGAUUAUUAUAAGUUCUAAGGAUAAUGACAAUGGAGUUUCUGACGCUGAGAAUGCGCUACAGCAUAUUGCGGGUUUAAUUCUAAAGGAAGAUGAUAUUGGAACUGAGGCAUCGAAAGUUGGUUCAGGACAUGUGGCUGCCAAUACAAUAAGGCUUUUGAUUGCUGGGUCGCAGGCAGGUUGCUUAAUUGGGAUGUCUGGUCAGAAUAUUGAGAAAUUGAGGAAUUCUUCUGGUGCCACCAUAUCGAUACUAGCUCAGAAUCAGUUGCCUUUGUGUGCAUCUGCUUAUGAAUCUGAUCGUGUGGUACAGGUAUCUGGCGAUGUUUCUGCUGUUGUAAAGGCUCUUGGGGAGAUUGGUUGUCAACUAAGGGAAAACCCACCUCGACAAGUGAUUUCUAUAAGCCCGACGUAUAAUUAUACAUCAGUUCGCCCACCUCAACCAUACUUAGACCCAACUUCAGCUGAUUAUGUAACCUUCGAGAUGCUGAUAUCAGAAACCCUAGUUGGUGGUUUGAUCGGCAGGUGCGGCUCCAACAUAUCAAGGAUCAGGAAUGAAUCUGGAGCAAUGAUCAAGGUGGGCAGAUUUGUAUUUCAAGCUGUUAUGAUUAGAGCAUCUCCAAUGGUUCUUUCUAUUGGAGUCUAUGCAGCAUUGAUUUUGGAAAGUGUUCAUGCUUAUAUGGUGUAUGGUGGGAAAGGUGAACAAAAGCACAGGCAAAUCCAAUUUGGUGGUAGUGCCCAACAGGUGGCAUUGGCGAAGCAAAGGGUCGAUGAAUACAUAUAUUCUCAGUUGAAACAAGAAGGAGCUCAAGAAGCAAUAACGUUACUGAGACAAUGAUCUUGAUCUACAAUGAAGAGCUGAUUGAUAUGCUUUCCUCCUGGUUUGCUGAAGUUAAGUGGAGCAUUCGUGAUGAUAGGCUUCUAUUUAUAGGCUGAUCAUCACAAGCUCGCGUCGUCUCAACUGUUUCCAGUCUCAGUGCUUUGGCAUAGGCUUGAACGAGAUACAACGUAGAUUGGUUAUCCUAUUUAUUGCAACAAUGAUGUACCCGGUUUUCUAAAUCUUGUGUCAUAAAGUGACUUUGUAUUGUAACAAUUGGUUUUCCAAUGGUAGAUGAGAAAUAGUUUUUUACGUCAACAAACAUAUUCAGGCGGAUAAUUGAAUAACCUAAGGUUUCGGUUUUAACAAUAUAACUAAUGAUGGAGGUUUUGCAUUAGCCCUUUUA